AUAUGAUAGUUUGUGCGGCUUAUGCUCAUGAACUCCCAAAGUAUGGUGUGAUGUUUGGCCCGACAAAUUAUGCUGUAGCGUAUUGUACUGGCCUGCUGCUGGCCCGCAGGCUCUUCAGUAGGUUUGGCAUGGACAAGCUCUAUGAAGGCCAAGUGGAAGUGACUGGAGAUGAAUACAAUGUGGAAAGCAUUGAUGGUCAACCUGGUGCCUUCACGUGCUAUUUGGAUGCAGGGCUGGCCAGAACUACUACUGGAAAUAAAGUUUUUGGGGCCCUCAAGGGAGCAGUGGAUGGAGGCUUGUCUAUCCCUCACAGUACCAAACGAUUCCCUGGUUAUGAUUCAGAAAACAAGGAAUUCAAUGCAGAAGUACAUCGAAAGCACGUCAUGGGUCAGAAUGUUGCAGAUUAUAUGCGUUACCUAACGGAAGAAGACGAAGAUGCUUACAAGAAACAAUUCUCUCAAUACAUAAAGAACAACGUAACUCCAGACAUGAUGGAGGAGAUGUAUAAGAAAGCUCAUGCUGCUAUACGAGAGAAUCCAGUGUAUGAGAAGAAGCCUAAGAAAGAAGUUAAAAAGAAGAGGUGGAACCGUCCCAAAAUGUCUCUUGCCCAAAAGAAAGAUCGGGUAGCUCAGAAGAAGGCAAGCUUCCUUAGAGCUCAGGAGCAGGCUGCUGAGAGCUAAUAAACCAAACCACAAUUAUCUAUGAAGAUUUUUCAGAUAAAGACAAUAAUAAACUUAUUCAUCAAGCAAAAAAAAAAAA